UAGACCGUGCAGUGCAUGCUGUAGUCUACUGCUCGCAUUCCAAGGUGUGGGGUGCUCUUGUUUCGCGCGGGGCUUCCUUAAAUCCGCGUUUCCAGUGAGGCAACUUGGUGACGAGCUCAAGCGAAGGACGCCGAGAAGGAAGAGAAACAGGUGGAAGAAGUUGUUGACAAAUCUGACGUUGUGCUGAAGACGCUACAUCAAUCAUGUCUCUCGAGUGGCGUCUUAAUAUCGUCGUGACGGACAUGCAAGUGUCUAAAACUAUCCGCGUUAGCGGAGAGAUGAUCAUCGGUGAGGUUAUCUUGGAACUUGUGUCGGCGCUGACCGGUGACCAGGAUUGGUCUGACCACGCCCUUUGGUGGCCCGAUAAGAAGAAAUGGCUGCUGAAGCCGCGCAUCACUCUCAACGCAUAUGGCGUGCAGUCAGACGCGAAACUGCAUUUCACUCCACAGCAGAAGCCGCUCCUCUUGCAGUUGCCUGACAGGCAGUUUAGAGUGAUGAAGUGCAGCUUCUCUGUGAUGUCAUUCGAGGCUGUGAUGGAGUUGUGUGAACAGUUAGCAAUCAGACAUCCAGAAGAGAUGUCGCUAAUAAAAGCCAAGGCAGGUACAAUGCACUCGAAAGGGAAGAAGGAAGGUCAAGAUGAAAGAGAUGGCUCUCCUGCAGCUGGUGGAUCUGCCAGUGUGGAAACGCCAUCUGAUUAUCCUGAUGGAUUGUUUGGGGAUCUGUUAGCAAGAUCUACGGAGGAGAGAGCGAAUCUAAACGCCCUCUGGAUUGAUUCAACAAAAUCAUUAGCAGAACAGGACAUCCAAGAGAAUGAUCCCAUGCAGUUGAAAUUCAAGUAUCACGCCUUUAUGAAUAUUGAUCCCAAGAUUGAUGGUGAGAGAAUAAAUCAGUUGUUUGAGCAAGCCAAGUGGUCCAUUCUCUCAGAAGAUGUUGAUUGCACAGAAGAAGAAGCUAUUCAGUUUGGUGCCCUUCAGUUGCAAGUGAGGUUGGCUUCUCAUGUUCCGCCACCAUCGCCGGAUGCCACCAGUCCCACUAUUGAAGAGGCUCUGACUGAACUUCAGACAGGAAACACUCUACCGAAAGGGUCACAGCCUUCACACAUACUGGGGACUCUUCCCUCUUUGGGAUCUAAGAAGUUAACUGGUUAUCUUCGAUAUCACAAACCAUCCAAGUUUAGUUUUGUCAAGAGCUAUAAGAAGUUUUGGUUCGUUUUUCAAGAUACCCAUAUAUCAUAUUAUAAAAGCAAGGAAGAUGCAACUGGUCGUCCAGCGUUGAAAGUCAAGCUGACCGGAGCGGAAGUGGCACCGGAAGUGAAUGUUGCAAGAAAGAAGUUUGGAAUCAAAGUAGAAGUUCCUAGCAUAGACGGCAUGGGCCAGUUCCAUUUACUCUGCGAUAAUGAAAAUGAGUAUGCAGAAUGGAUGGCAGCUUGUCAAUUGGCAGCAAAAGGCAGGUCUCUCGAUGAUCCCAGUUAUGCAUCGGAGCUUUCAGGCGUCAAAGCGUUUAUUACGAUGCAGUCGAAGAAGCCGCAGCAGUCUGAUGUGGCUGAAGUAUCUCCAAACGAUUUUGUGUCACAGCGGAUACUGAAGAAACUAAAGCCGCAAAAAGUAGCAGAGAUGAUAUGGAAGCAUCACGCCAAGGUCAAUCAGUUACCGACGUUAGAAGCUAAACUGCAGUAUAUUCGAUCAUGGGAGGCGUUAAUGGAUUAUGGCAUAAGCUAUUUCAUUGUGCGCUUCUCUCGGGCAAGAAAAGAUGAGCUGCUUGGUAUUACGUACAAUCGAAUGAUUCGGAUGGACAUCAGUACUCACGAACAUAAACAGACGUGGCGGUACAGUGCUAUGCAUGCUUGGAACAUCAACUGGGAGAUUAAGGAGAUGAAGAUUGAACACGAAGAUGGCAAUUUCUCUUUCUCGUGUUCGAGUGCCGAUCUGAAAAUUGUACACGAGUACAUAGGUGGAUAUAUCUUUUUGUCUAUGCGUCAGGAUCAAGACCAGGAUGAACUCGACACCGAGAUGUUCCUCAAGCUGACGGGAGGCUGGCAUCAGUCAUCGGACCCUACAGUCCUACCUUCGGCAAAUUAGCUAGCUGUGAGCAUGUUGUUACCGACAUGUAAUUGAAUCAUUUCGGAGAGAUUUUGGUAUUGAUAUUGGGUAGUCUGUGCUGUUGCGGUCUUUGGUAGACUAUAGUUGUGAAUGUAUCUUGUAGGGAGCUUCGAUUCUCCUUCUGCACUGGAGCUCUUGAAAUAUGACAAAUUAGUAGAAACAUGAUCACAAUGGCUGCUCUAGUCAAUACAUUUAACUAAUAAUAUCAUCAUUGUGUUAA